UUUUUUUAUUCAACAACUUUGCAUUUUUAAGCUUUAUUACAUGAAUACACAAAAUGUAUGAAGCUUAGCUGUAAAAUGCUUUUUGUUUAAUGAACUUACUGAACUCUUUCAUCCAUUCCAAUCACAUUAUUACAAACUGUUCGUCUGACGACUCCAGUCAAUAUUUUAAACAUAAAGGAAGCUGUGACUUUAACAAUGUUGUGUCUAGAAUGACUUUGGAAAUAAAUCGUAAAUGCAAUGAUUGAUUAAGGCAUUAAAAAUGAAUGAACAUUAGUUGACGAUUGAGAGUUGAAGAAUCUUUAAAAGGUCAUGAAAAUUGAAACACGUGGUGGAUAAGUACAAAGAAGAAUUUAAGUAAUGACGUGACUUUUGUAUUUGUCAGCAAAAAUGGAACCAAAAUGAAUGCUUUGGGGUCUACUUUUACAAGAAUUCAAGACUUUAAGCACAUUUGCAAUAAGCUGUGAAGAAUUUUGAAUUAAUUAGACUCAAUUAGUCAUGAUUGGAUGGGGAUUUGAUGUCUGUAUUUCUGUAGAUUGAUUGGUAACAUUGAUUAAUAUUGCAGCUGUUCAUUUAAAACAAAAUAAAACAAAGAUUUCAUUGAUUUUAAAAUUUAAUUUUCAAAAAGAUUAUAAAUUUGAUUCUAAAUCAUCUGUACUUCAAUCAGACCAAUAUGGCAUCAUUCGAGAUCAAAAACAAAAUGUAUAUAAAUGACAAUGCAAGAAUCGAUGGUAAAGUUGUCAUAAUAACAGGAUGUAGUUCAGGAAUUGGCAAAGCAGCAGCCCAAGAACUAGCCAAACGAGGUGGGAAAAUCUAUUUUGCAAAUCGAGAUGAAGAAAAGACAAUGACAGCAAUUAAUGAGAUUAAGGAAUCGACGAAAAAUGAACAACUUUACUUCCUCAAACUUGACUUAUCUUCUUUAGAUUCUGUACGAAAUUUUUGCAAGAAAUUUCGGAAGCAUGAGAAGAAGUUGCACAUAUUAAUCAACAAUGCUGGUGUUUUGUCUCCUUUAAGAAGAACAUCUGAUGGAUUUGAGAUGAAUUUUGGAGUUAAUCAUUUGGGACAUUUUCUUCUUACAAACUUGUUGCUUGAUUCUUUGAAAGCUGGUGCACCGAGCCGCAUCAUUAUUGUCUCAUCAGCUUUACAUGAAUAUGCAAAUAUCAACAGAGAUGACAUCAACUGUGAACGAGACUUUCCUGGAACUUUUAAAGCUUAUGAAAAUAGCAAACUCUGCAAUAUUUUAUUCAUGCGAGAGCUUUCAAAACGAUUAGAAGGAACUGGUGUUGUUUGCAAUGCAUUAUCUCCAUUUUUGACCGACACUGAUGCUACUCGAUACUUAAAUUCCAUCCAAAGAUUCUUUUUUGAUAUUUUGAAAAAGUCAUUUUUUUACAAUUCACCAGAAAUUGGAUGUCAACCGAUUGUUAUGCUUGCUGUUGAGCCAUCGCUCUCUGAUGUCACUGGAAAAUAUUAUGUUCAAUUUAAAGUCAAGGAACCGAUUUUGAGGAAACAAAAUUAUGAGUCUUGGUUGUGGGAAAAAAGUGAGGAAAUGACGAAGGUUUUUGGAAAAUAAAGUGAGAUUUUUAAACUUUAGAGCUCGA